GUCGCAUCGUCUUCUCUGUCAUCCUGUCUCGUCGAGCGAACCCGACUUCACCACCAAGACCGAUCUGCAUCGCUGCAAGCUCUCGCAUUCACCAGAACCAUGUCGUCUGCAAUCUCCGUUCCGCAGCCUCGGCUCCCAGGCACUCCCCUGUCGCCAUCCGGCGGCUGCAUCGGGUGCAUCGGCUGUGUUGGUUACGACCAUGCUGUUCCUUCUCUGGCGGCCCCACUGCCGCUCUGCAAGUCGCUGCAUGCCAGUGCCCAGGAUCAACAGAGCCCUGCCUGGCCCGCGGGCUAUCCAUCGGUCUGCCCCGUCCUGCCCUAUCCCCACAAGCGCCCCGUCAUCGAGCCGAAACAGCCGUCGCAUAGAGUAACUCCAUCCCUGGCACUGACGCCAACGUCGUCGUGCCAUCCCCUGUCGGCCUAUCCGCCGGCCAGUCUGUCGAGUCAUCCGCUGGCUCGCUCGUCAGCAUACUGCUUCGAGUCGGCGACUUCCGGCUCCGCAACGAUCGGCUACACGUCCCAGCGGUCUGCAAGCUCCCUCGCCUCGCAUUCGUCCCGGAGCGCUGCGGCGCUAUCGUCGAGCAAGUUUGCAAAGUACAUCACCGCCAUCCUAUUCCAUACGUGCCAACGAUUGCCCGAGGCCCUGCAGGCAGAGCCCCGACAAUCGCAUGCCCAUGCCGCUCCGGCACCAUCGACCCCGCACCAGCUCCAAUUCAACAGCACUUUCCAGUUCAUCCACAGCGUCUUGGGAGCCCUGGCGCACUCAAUACCUCUCACCAUCGUCCUGAUCGCCAUCCACUACAUCCAUCUGACCGUCCUCCAAGACCAGCGGCCCGAGCCCGGCGCCGAGUCCCGGCUGUUCCUGGUGGCCCUGAUGGUGUCGCAAAAGAUGUACGAUGACCGCACCAUCCCCAAGAAAGUCUGGGCCCGCAUCACCGGGCUCAGCAUCGGGCAACUCUCCCGGCUGGAGCGGGAGUUUUGCUCGGCGCUGGACUACAACUUGGUGCUCAAGCACGAGCCCUACCAGCACUGGCUCAACGACAUCCGGGACCUCGCUCGGAUGUGGGAGUCGCUGUAAUAUAGCUGCAUAUUCUUGUUUUGGAAGAUCUCGUUCUGCUGGCCACGAUGAUGUGCGUGGGUUGGUCGGGACAAGCAAAAGCCAUGAGGACCUUGCUG